ACAAUCGCAAAACCAGUUUUCUUGCUAUCGAUCGCUACGGCAGCACUUAAGCAACUUUAAAUUCAAACAGCUGAUCAUGAGCAGCGCUGUCGAUGCAAUGUUUGCAGCAUUAUAUCGCUAAUAUUGUACAUUGCAUAAGUGCUCGUAUUUGUACUGGUUUCAAGGCAGCUGUGGCUGCUUUAUCUUGCAAACAAAUUAUUGUGCCAUUUUGCAAUGACGGUGUAUAUAAUGCUGAACAGUUUACUUGGAUUGCGACUGUAGAAGCGGCUUACAGUUUUAACGAAAAUGCUUGCGUGGAUUCUGGGAAUUUUGAGCGCAGCUCUGGCGUAUUUCGUAUAUGACGCUAUAUGGAAAAACGAGUUUUGGCGUCGAAAAGGAAUCCCCAGUCCCUUGUAUUAUCCCCUGGUUGGACGAUUCGUGGAGUUUGCUCUGAUAGGACAAGCCAAAUUCGACCAAAAAUGGACUGCAAAGCUGGGCAAAGUUUUUGGCGUAUUCGAAGGCGCCCAACCGGUACUCGUUGUAUCCGAUCCAGAUAUUAUGAAAGUUGUGCAAGUGAAGGACUUCUCCCACUUUGUUAACCGUCGCGAAAUCGAAGGCAUCCAGGGUCCGCUACUGGAUCAGUCUGUUACCAGCCUUAAAGAUCAACGCUGGAAGGACGUCAGGAGCGUGUUGGUGCCCACAUUUACAUCCGGCAAAUUGCGACAGAUGAAUCCUUUAAUCAACGAAUCUUGCCAAACACUGGUAAAAAACAUGGAAUCCUUAGCGGAGACCAGCGCUGAUUUCGAAGCUAAGGAGUUGUUCGGCCGUGUCUCCAUGGAUGUCAUCGCCUCCACGUUUUUUGGCACAAAGAUCGACUCCCAAAACGACGUCAACAACGAGUUCGUUCAGCAUGCCAAAAAUGCCUUCGACUUCAAUUUCGCCAAUCCGAUCUUCCUGGUCGUGUUGCUUUUUCCCAAACUCGUGCCAUACAUGGUCAAGAUGGGCAUCGAUUUCCUGGUGGACAGGAAAGUCAUCGCCUUCUUCGUGCGUAACACGGAGGAAAUCAUUAAACUGCGUACAGACCAGAAUCAAUCGCGGAAAGAUUUCCUGCAGUUAAUGCUCAACUCGCUCAAAAGUUAUAACGGCUCUGUCAAAGCUGCAAAAGAUGACACCGAAACCGUUGUUCGAGAUGAAACAAACGAUCAAACAGAUAUCUUGUCCGAUGUGGUCUCCAACGCGGCUGAAUCGACAUAUAGUUCUAAUUACAAAAUGACUACCGAGGAGCUGGUAGCUCAGUCGGUAACCUUUUUCCUCGGCGGCUACGACACAACAGCCGGCACACUGGCCUUCUUAACCUACUGUCUGGCCAUCCAUCCCGACAUUCAAGAGCGGCUGCGCGAGGAAAUCGACACAGUAAUGGGCGACCGGGAGGUGGCUACGUAUGAAGUGCUGGCCGGAAUGGAAUACCUCGACUGUUGCAUCAACGAAACGCUGCGAAUGUAUCCGCCCUUGGUGCGGGCCGAGCGCAUGUGCAACGAGCAGUGGACGUAUGAAGGGAUGACCAUCGACAAGGACACGCUGGUGGUGAUUCCGGUCUAUGCUAUCCAUCAUGAUGCGGAUUACUGGCCGGAUCCCGAAAAAUUUGAUCCGGAACGGUUUUCCCGUGAAAACAAGCACAAGGUUAUUCCUUACACAUUUCAAGCGUUUGGUCAAGGACCUAGGAAUUGCGUUGGAAUGCGUUUCGCGUAUUAUGAAAUUAAACUGGUGAUGGUUUCGGUUCUAAGGAAAUACCGAUUUCUUCCCAGCUCGAAAACCGAGAUUCCUCUGCAACUCACAGCUAUGAGCUUCUUACGCGCUAAAAACGGCAUCUGGGUCAAACUGGAGAAAAUCUAAAAAUACUGUAUUGAGUUCAAAAUGUUUUCGGAAUUUGCGGAAGAAGUUGCUGCACAGUGUUUAUCAAAACUUGCAUGUUUUGCAAGAUAAAUUAGUUGCAGUAAAUUUGCUAACCGCGGAAUUACUAAUCAGUGCACAUAUAUUUCGGUAUGUGGUGGCAUUUUCUGAAGUUGCAGGAAUUUUUUCUCUGUGUUGAGGGUUUGAUGGGUAACGGUGCAUUGAAAACUAACGCAGUACCAUAAUUAAUACUAAAGUAAAUA